AUGGUUGCGAAGGCAUUUGAGGUCGCACAGUCAAAGCUGGGCAUCCCUGCAUUGCUGGAUGCUAAGGACAUGGUGUCCACAGAGGUGCCAGACCGGCUAAGUGCCAUCACUUACCUCUCCCAUUACCACCACUGCUUCAACAAGAAGUCUCAUGGUUGUUCAUUUUUACUAAGCAGCCGGUCCAGCCAGUUUGAAGACGCCAUAUGUCGCAGAUGCUCCAGUCACUCCCAGACACAACCUGACUCUCUUGGAGGUUUGCAGCCCGCCAAGUCAAGGACAGAGGAGCGAUCCAACAGUGGCAGGCCAUGCAGCGUUUGUGCCUCCUGCAUGAAGCACGUCCACCUGGUGCAGAGACAUCUCACUGAGGGGAAACUCUACCACCGCAGCUGCUUCAGAUGCAGUGUGUGCAGCAGCACUCUCUUACCAGGGUCUUACAAAGAGGGGAGUGAAGUUGGCUCCUUGGUCUGCACCCACCACUUGACAGCCAGUCAAAAUGCCCACCCCGACUACAGUAAACAAACUGGAUCAUUAGAGAAUCUGCCCAAAUUAGAUGAGCAGGAGGUGACACUAUCUCAGGGUGGAUUUACAGACAACCCUGAUCUCUCUGAUUUUAUUAGAAAAACAGACUCAGGUGAGACAGUUAUUUCUGGAAGAGGAGAGACAGAGACAGAGGGAGGUGAGAGAAAGACAAGGCAUGACACACUUAAGAAGCCAAGGCCACCCUGUCCUCCAAAGUCCACUGUAGAAGAGGGAAAGCUUGAAGAAGCAGGGACACGGCCCAUUCAGACAACAGAAACUGUCACUGUAACACCAGACAGCGGUUCGGCUUCUGCAAGCCCUGGACGGCCAGUUCCUGCACCCAGACGAGUGUUAGACUCUACCCCUCCUCGUCCUGCACCCAGAACCCGUCCACCUAAAGCCAUGGACAGCCCCCUUGUUUCUGGUUACACAGUUGAUAAUAAAACUUUACCCAAUCCUUCUCUGAGGUUUGGCCAACCCAGUGGGCCCUGUAAACCCAAAGACCCACCGUGGCUGGAGCUUGUCCUGCCAGGGCCCUGGCCAAAGCUUCCCCCUGCCCCGCCCCAUAGUAUGCCCAAGCCCCACGCUCAGGCUCUAUAUACCCUCCCUCAGAGGCAGUUGGUACAGAGCGAGAGAACCCCCUCCCAACCCCUUUGGGGAGUUUGAGGAUGAGGAGGCUGAUGAUGAUUACACUGGGGAAGAGAACACAAUGAGUGGUGCUGAAGGCCAAGCACAGCCCUCAAUGGUAACCAGCCAGACAUGGUGUGGUACCAGUCAGUUAGCUGAAGCAGCCAGCUCACAUUGCCAAGCUCAUUUAGAGGACACAUCCAGAGAAGUUGACAAGUCUAGUAUUGCUGGAGCGGAUGACGCAGUAAAUUUCCCUGAAAUUGCUAAUGCACCAAAUGUAGAAAGUUUAGCUGAAGCAGGAUGCUCACUUCCUGUAUCUAAUUUAGCAGAAGAACCUUGUUCAAUUGAUAUAUCUGAGUCAGCUGAUGUUGGUGUGAUAGCUAACAUUUUCUUAUUUUUUUUUCACCUUUAUUUAACCAGGUAGGCUAGUUGAGAACAAGUUCUCAUUUGCAACUGCGACCUGGCCAAGAUAAACUUGUCCAAAGCAGCUAGUUCACUUGGUUUGCCUAAUUUGACUGAAGCUAAAACCACAAGUUCAUCUUACUUGGCUGAGGCUGCUAGUUCCCUUGGUGUAUCUAAUCUAGCUGAAGUAGCCAGAUCAAGUAGACAAUGGACCUGAUCGGACAGCUCGGAGCCUCUGCUCUUUUCUGUCCAUAGGAAACAAUUGUACCUCCCCAUUACACUGCACUUUUUGCACAAGAUGUGAUUGCUCCUGCAUUCCGUAAAGCCGUAGUCAGCCUAUGAUGAGUUGCAGCAUAGAAUCAUUCACUAAUGGGAUUUAUUUUUGCAGUUCAACUUUGGUAAAUUAUAUUUAAUAAAACAUUGUACUUUGUAUGAACAGAAUGCAUUUGUAUGAUCAGAAUCUUUUGAUAAUGUUUUAAAUGUCAUUUUAAUGUGUGUGUUUUUUUUAAAUGUACCUCCUACACCUGCCUAAUGUAUAUUUCAAGAAAAAAGUCUUUGCUACUCCAGAUUGUGGCGAUGCUUUCCAUUGCCUGUACUGUCUGAUUUAUUGGGCAAGAUCUUUGUGAGAUUGAGAUUCACACUGUAUUCAGAUCUUUGUUAUUUAUGUCUCCCAAUGUGGGCAUUAACCACUUCUUGAUGAUAGGUAUUUUAUCAUGCUCAAAACUACAUUAUACUUUCUAAAAACAAAUACACGUUUAGUUAGUAUAAUACAUUUGGAAAAAUAAACCUAAAUAUAUAUUUU